GACAACAAUAGCACUUGCAGAAUAUACCAAUGUAUCACCUAUGGUGGAGGAGCCAGCCCCCGAAUCUGCCUCCGCCUCGCGGCAGAAGAGCUGCAACGCCUGUGUGAAAGCUAAACGAGGCUGCGACAAGCGGCAUCCGGUCUGCUCAAGAUGCGAAGAGAAAAAGAUUUCAUGCAAUUAUGCCAAACGGUCAUACGCUGAAGCUUUUCGGAGUGACUUUGACUUCGAUCCAGUUGAGUCGGAUAUGUCCUGGGCAGGAUUGACUGGUCCGUCGUCGUCGAUUGAUCUUGUUGAUUGUAUCCCAGCUAGCCCCGCCACUUGCCUGCCGACCUUCGAGUCAUUCAUCGAUCCGUUCCUGACAUUUGCAGACAGCCAAGCCGCGACAUCUAGUGAUACGCAGCUCAUUAGCAGUGUCAGUGCCCGUAGGCAGCUCGGUCAACAACAGGAGAAUCAACAGGGACUCAGCAAGUUUGAUUAUGCUCCAAUGGCUGAUAUAUGCAUACAAUACGAACCAUGGCAGGUCUACGACCCAAACACCAAGGCGCAUUUCAUUGUCCAAAGCCUGAAAAGCUAUCCCAGCACUUUCGCCAAAGACAGCCACACGCCCUGGAUGCAUGGGUAUCUGUACAAAGACCAAAUGCCGUCCUCAAUACAGUCCUGUUUCACUGUAAGUGCACUUUACAGCAACAUGACGAGCAACAACAAGGCUUCGGUAUUCAGAGUUCUUUACCAAAGUCUGAACGAGUUGAAGCAACAACAGCAGUUGGCAAAUACUCCUUUGGAGAAGCUGGCAAGGGCCCAGGCGCUGUUCUUAUAUCAGAUAAUCUGUCUGUUUGAUGGGGAUCUUACUCUAAGAUCUGAUGCCGAUCGGGACAUGCUGUUAUUGCAGGACUGGUUGGAUGACCUGUGCAAGAUUAGAGAGAACCUUAGUACGCUAGAGAGUGAUCGUCCAAAGUCAUGGGAGUGGUGGAUAUUUUCCGAGUCUGUCCGACGAACCAUCGUCAUAGCCUAUGCCUUCCUCGGGCUGUGGAAUCUGAUGUGCAAAAAUAAUGACCACGUAUAUUUUUCUGCUUGGAAACACCUUCACUGCUGGACUAUGUCUCGGCCCCUGUGGGAGGCAACAUCAUCCUUCGACUUCUAUCUGAACUGGAGGGACAAACCGCAUCACAUAAUUGAGAAUUUUGAGCUUGAGAACUUUCUCAAAAGUGGGAGCGCCGACGAUGUCGAUGGUUUCGCCAAAGUCCUCAUGGUAACGUAGGUAGUCCCAGUCCUCUAUCAGCAUGUGGUUGUUUGCUUACCU